CACGAUGACCGGGUGGGCGGCCGAAGCUUCUCAGGCCGCAGGAAGAAAGGUCGCGGGCCGUUCCGAGGGAAGAUGUACAGCGAGAUGAACCACCGCUCCCGUAGCCGUAACAGCCCCGGCCUUCGUGCGCGGCUGGAGGAGGAUGAAAGCGUCCCUAUGAGCGAGGCGCACGGCGGGCCCCGCGGCCGAUAUUUGCCCUACGGGCCGCGACCGAACCGCACGACCAACAUCCACAUCACGGUCAGACGAGAUCCUCCCGCCCCGGAGCGGAGCAGCGGUACCAGCCGUGACAGCGGACGCAGGAACUGGUUCAAGAUCACCAUCCCGUACGGGAAAAAAUACGACAAAUCGUGGUUGCUGAGUUCCAUCCAGAACCUUUGCAGCGUCCCCUUCACUCCUGUUGAGUUCCACUACGACCACAACCGAGCCCAGUUCUACGUGGAGGAUGCCACCACUGCCAGCGCCCUCAAACAAGUCUCCCGCAAGAUCACCGACAGGGACAACUACAAGGUGGUGAUAAUUAUCAAUUCGUCGGCUCCGCCUCAGUCCUUGCAGAACGAGCUGAAACCGGAGGAGAUUGAGCAAUUGAAGCUCUGCAUGAGCAAGAGAUACGAUGGUUCGCAGCGGGCGUUGGACCUCAAAAGCCUCCGCGUCGACCCCGAUUUGGUGUCGCAGAGCAUCGACGUGGUGCUGAACCAGCGGAGCUGCAUGCUGGUCGUGCUGCGCAUCAUCGAGGACAACAUCCCCGAG